CCAGCUUAUCAGUAGUCACAUGUAAUACAAGUGUACUUCUUCUCAACCACACCGUAGUCAUUCGCGAAAAAAUGAAGUGUAAGUUCGUUUGGGGUUUGUGGGCCAUUUUGUCACUCGUAUCCUGGCAGUCGGUAGAUGGUAAACCGCCCUAUCGGUCGGUCGACGAACGCGUUUCGCAGGAUCUUUGGCUGAGGCAUCGUUUCAAGCGGCAGUUUUCGCUCAACUUUGGUGCCACACACGAGGACGGUUACGGGACGGAUGUGAAUGCAGAAGCGCUGGCCAACCUUUGGCGGAGCAAGAGCGGAAAUACGAAGGUGGACGGUUCUGCGACCUAUACGCAGCACUUUGGUGGCGUGGCCGGAGACGGGCGUGAUUACCGAUUGAAGCUGAAGGUAGUUUUCACCCGCUAAGUACCGCGGUGGUGGACAAUAAAGUGUGUGACGUAAAAGGGCACAACCAACGGGUCACUAACUUUUUAGCCUGCGUCGCGUGGCCCUUAGUCAUGCGAUGCGGCCAUUUAUUUACAACACAAUACGAUCCUCAAUACGGUUGCCAUUCGCUACGAGAAAUGAAUAACUAGCCAAACGUCGCUCUCGCCACACGAUGAUACUCUACUUCAGCUCCGGCAGUUUGGCUGGUGGCCAUGUCCACUGGGUGGGUGGUGCUUGUUUGGCCAACGGUUCCCACGGCUUCCAGCCCAGCAUUUUGCGCGCCAACAUCAAUUCGUUUUCCGCCUGCAGGAUUAACUCUUCCACCUGGCCGCAGUUGAUCUUUUGUUCGAUCUCCAGCACGUUCGGUGUC